AUGGGGGAGCAGCAGAGCUCGUUGAGCGCCCCGCGGGCGGCCGCCGCCGCCGCGCCGCCGAGCCCGGCCGGGGGCCCGCGGGAGCCCGGCCCGGGCGAGCCGCCUCUGCCGCGAGAGGCGGCCCCGGGUGGCGGGGCGGCCGGGCCGGGGCGAAGCGGGGAGCCGCCGCCCGCCGCCAGCCCCGAGCGGCGAGGGGCCGAAGAGGAGGAGGCGGAGGCGGCAGCCGGGCCGGAGCAGCCGCCGGCCGCGGGGGAGCCGGCGGCCCUGGCGGAGGAGGGGCCGGAGCCGGAGGGGGGCAACGGCCGCCGCCGCCCCCCCCGGCGGCACGUGUACUGCACCGUCUACUGCGUGGAGAACGACCGGCCGGUGGCGGCCCCCGCCUCCCCCCGCGGCGGCCCAGGCGUGGGGCAGCCCCCGGCGCGGCGCGGGGUGGCGGCGGGCGGCGACAUCGAGGUGGUGGACUUGUACCUGCUGCCCGAGCCCUUCUCCGGGCUGAUCGCGGGGGAGUUCGGGCCGCUGCUGGUGCUGAGCUGCCGCGUGUGCCUGGAGGAGAAGCCCAUCAAGCCCCUGUCCUGCUGCAAGAAGGCGGUGUGCGAGGAGUGCCUCAAGCGGUACCUCAGCUCCCAGGUGCAGCUGGGACAAGCGGAUAUAAAAUGCCCGAUCACAGAGUGCAGCGAACACCUGGAUGAAACAACUGUCCUCUAUAACCUGCCCCACGACGACAUCAUCAAGUAUAAAUAUUUCCUGGAACUCAGCCGCAUUGACUCCAGCACCAAGCCAUGCCCUCAGUGCAAGCACUUUACAACCUUCCGGAGGAGAGGCCACAUUCCUACCCCUGCCAAAUUGGAGAACAAAUACAAAAUCCAGUGUCCAUCUUGCCAAUUUGUCUGGUGUUUCAAGUGCCACUCUCCCUGGCAUGAAGGCGUUAACUGCAAAGAAUACAAGAAGGGAGACAAGCUGUUGCGUCACUGGGCCAACGAAAUUGAACACGGGCAGAGGAAUGCCCAGAAGUGUCCAAAAUGCAAGAUCCACAUCCAGAGAACAGAAGGGUGUGACCACAUGACCUGUUCACAGUGUAACACUAAUUUCUGUUACCGUUGUGGGGAGAGAUACCGCCAGCUCCGGUUCUUUGGAGAUCACACGUCAAACCUCAGUAUCUUUGGAUGCAAAUACCGCUACCUCCCCGAGAGACCACAUUUAAGGAGAUUAGUGCGAGGCUCUGUCUGUGCUGGAAAACUACUCAUUACACCCCUAAUACUGGUUCUGGGACUGGCAUUGGGAGCCAUAGCUGUUGUAAUAGGUUUGUUUGUGUUUCCUAUCUAUUGCCUUUGUAAAAAGCAGAGGAAAAGGUCACGGACAGGUAUGCCCUGGUAAGGAUGGACCUUACUCACCUGAACUGAGCUGGUCCUGCAAGGGCUAUACGCGCUUUGUGCAACAGAGCAAUACAGUGCUGGUAACAGCAUCAAAGCCACCACCCUGGAAGAAGAAUGGGGCAUCUCCUGCCAUCUUCCCUCAGCCGAAAACACUACUGCAGACCAGAAAGCCUCUUUGCUCUGGUGCACUCUGAACAAGAUGGGCCCCCUGACUGCUGCUUUUAAAAUGUUUUGGGUUUUGGUUUUUUUAAUUAUUACUUUGGAGGGUUUUUUGAGUCUAAGUUUCUGAACUAGACAAUCAAAGUCUGUAUUGUAGCCACAACUCUACUACCGAUUUGGCCUGUGAAGAAAGCAUUUAACUGCUAACGUGUGCUCCGUUUUAACUUCAGUGUCGGCCUUUAAGGGGGAAAUGCUUAGAAGUGUUUGGACUCUUACUGUAUACUGAGCAUACUACUUUUGGUAUUAAAAACUACUUCUGUAAAUAACUUCCAUCACACAGCAUUCUGUUCAGCAUACCGAAACCCCGUCACAUGCCAGAGCACGACAGCUGGUUAUCUUCUGAGUCCUCCUGCUAGUGGGCAAGAGUGUAGAUUGCCACUGCCAAACUGCAGUGCCUCAGAGGGAAAUAGCCUUAGUAUUGAAGCUCUGUGAUACUUACAAAUACGCUGAUUGGUUUCACUUCAGUAUUUGAUUUGUGACACUCUAUUAAUAUUGAUUGGGGGGGUGACAGAUUUGUUAGAAGACUACAGCAUUUUGAAACUCUUCCAGUACAGAAAAAAAUUUGAAGGGUUUAGAUAACAAGAAGUGUCACUGGCCUGUUCUGUCCCAGGAUAUCCCUGAAGUGUGUUUGCAGGGAAGCUGGAAACCUGCUCUUCUGUUCUGACUUGGCAUAUAAUACACAUGCUACACACUAGUUGUGUGAAGAUUGACUUGAUGAAAUUUUAUAACCUAAAUAGCAUGUUUUGUUUGUUUGUUUUAAGUAGGCUACAUAAGUCUUAGAGCAUCCACUGAUGCCUCAUGAGGAAAAUCUGUGAAUUUGGAGUAAG